CGGCGGGCUGCCGCGCGGCCCGCGCUCGUCGCAGCGGCGACCCUCGCGAAGAUGGCGGCGUGGCGGCCAGUCGCCCUCUCGCUCGUACUGGUGGCCGCCGCGGGGGCGUCCAACCCCGCCGCCCUCCGCGCGGGCAGCGCCCGCGCGGGCGGCGUGGGCGCGCCAGGGCCGGAGGGAGCGGGCUCGCAGGAGGGGCCCGAGGAGGUGGCGGAGGGCAGCGGGCUCGGGGAGCGGAGCAGCGCAGUGUGGCCCCCGUGGGUCGAGCCGGGGUCCUGCAACCUCGGGCAGCUAGUCUUCUUGACCGUCGUGUACGGCUUGGUGCUGUACUCGGCCUCGGGGAUGAUCGCCGAGGGCUCCGAGCUGCUGCUGGUGGUGCCGUCCAUCGCGGGGCUGGUGGGGAGCGUGGUGCUCCCGAUUCUUGGCGCUGUGCCCGACGGCAUGAUGGUGCUCUUCUCUGGCAUGGGGGAGAGCGGGCGCAGGCCCAGGAGCAGGUGAGCGUGGGCAUGGGCGCUCUGGCCGGCAGCACCGUGAUGCUCCUGACCUUCCCGUGGUUCAUCGCGAUCUACGCCGGGUCGGUGCCCAUAAAGGAUGGGCAGGCGGACUACAAGAGCCGGGCCGCUGGCACCCGCGGGCUGAGCAGCAGCGGUGUUAGGGUCGACAGCCAGAUAAAGGACCAGAGGAGACCGCAAAGAUAAUGAUUGCUACCACCAUGCUUUACGUGAUCAUCCAGAUACCGGCCACGCUGGAGGAGCAGUAUGUGGACAACAGGGAGGCCGAGAAGCAGGCGGGAGCUGAGAGCAUAUGGGCCUUCGUUGGCCUGGUGAGCUCGGUGUGCGCCUUCGCGGGCUACAUAUUCUAUUGCUACAAGCAGUCGAAGGUCGACAAGGAGGUCGACCAGAUCCUGAAGAUGAUCAAGGCGGGGAAGUUCGACGCAAAGGCCCUCUGGCAGUUCACCGUGGACCGGUUCCGCGGACAGGGCGGCGGCGGGGAUGAGCCGCUGCUGGCGAAAGAUAAAAUCAUGGAGCCGGUCUUGAGGUCGUUCUUCAAGGAGUAUGACCGCUUUCCGCCCUACGGCACAAUCGAGAUGUGCGAGUUGAACUUGCUGAUCAGGGAUUUGGGCUUCGAUGCGUCGAAAGCGACUGACGAGAUCAAGAGGUUCGACAAUAACAACGACCAGGAACUGAAUUUCCAGGAGUUCAGCAACUUCGUGGAGAACUACAUGAAGAGGGACGACGUGCAAGCCAAGUACCAGGCGUCGCCUGCUGAAGAGCCAGAGGACGAGGAGGACCCCAUGCCGGACGACCUGAGGAACGACGAUUGGUCCACGCAGCAGAGAAAGGUCAAGAUGCGCGCCUGUUACUUCAUGGGGGUCGGAACCCUGCUGGUGCUCCUGUUUUCCGACCCUAUGGUGGACGUGCUCUCCGAGUGGGGUGUACGUACUGGCGUUCCGAACUUUUACGUGUCCUUCGUCCUGGCUCCCUUCGCGUCAAACGCGAGCGAGCUGCUGGCGGCGUAUUCCUACGCCUCCAAGAAGACCCCGUCUUCCAUCACGAACUCGCUGUCCUCGCUACUUGGCGCCGCGUGCAUGAACAACACGUUCUGUUUAGGAAUCUUCCUGGCAUUGUGCUAUUUCCAAGGCCUUGCCUGGCAGUUCACCGCAGAGACUAUCGCGAUCAUGUUCGUCCAGUGGCUCAUCGGAGGUGUGGCAAUGCUCAAGGACUACCAAUCUCGCCUCAUGGCCUGGGGGGUGCUUCUGUGUUAUCCAGGCUGCCUCCUGCUGGUAUACCUCCUCGAGAAUCCGGCCAUCGGCGGCUUGGACUGAAGCCUCGGGCAGAAGCACGAACGCGGGGAUUUGCUUGAGUGCAUCGUACGUCUUGAGUUUUGCGCGUGCACGGCACAGUUGCAAUGGCUCAUCGUUCAAUUUUUUCACAGUUGCAGUAGUUCUUGCCUUAAUAUUUUCUUGUGAGCGGACCCUUAGUCUGGUGCCCUCCGAAAGUGAGCGCUACAUUAAUGGCGGAACGACUGCCGCGAUGAAUGUGUACAGCAUCUCCAGAUCUUGGCGCGGGGUGAUUUGGCGUGCCUGGCAUUUCACAGCAUUUCCCAGACACGCAGGGGUACUAGUCUUUACUCGACGCAUGCAUUCAGUGUGCGCAAUAUUGUUUCGUAGGAGAAUGCAUAUUUAGCAUGCGCUGUAUCGAUGAUGGUUCGCAAUGUACAUUCAGAGGGCAUGGUGCGCGCGGACGUGGAGCCAGGAGCGUGAUGCCGAGAAAAAACGCAAAGCCCUCUGGGGCCCCUUCCGGGCCUCAAAUACUUUGCUUGUUAUCUGCAUCAAGGCGGUGCAGUAGUUUGUGUGACGCAUGCCGCUUCAGGUUCCCGC